AUGGAUGUGGGCUUAUCGGCCAUUACGCUCUAUUUUGCCAGCACCAGCACCCCAAUGGCAUCGAACUCGAUGGACCGGGAGCCGGUAAACGGUGUCGACGGAGGAGAAGUAGACGCAGCCUCGAGAGCUGCGACCGUGGCGGCGUUCGGGGAGACUACGCGGCAGAUGAGUAACGAGAGAAACUUUGAAAAUGUAGAACUGGGAGUCAUGGGAAAAAAGAAGAAAGUCCCAAGGAGAGUCAUUCACUUUGUUAGUGGUGAAACAAUGGAGGAGUACAGCACUGAUGAGGAUGAAGUUGAUGGCCCAGAGAAGAAAGAUAUUUUACCUACUGUUGACCCAACAAAACUUACCUGGGGCCCCUACUUAUGGUUUUACAUGCUUCGGGCUGCAACAUCAACCCUCUCAGUGUGUGACUUUCUUGGAGAGAAGAUUGCCUCUGUUUUGGGUAUCAGCACCCCAAAAUACCAAUAUGCUAUUGAUGAGUAUUACCGGAUGAAGAAGGAGGAAGAGGAAGAAGAAGAAGAAAACAGGAUGUCUGAAGAAGCAGAAAGAAAAUACCAAGAACAACAGAAAAAGCUGCAGGCUAAUUCCACUGUUCAGACAGAUCAACCAGAAACAGUUGUUUCCAGUUCAUUUGUGAACCUCAAUUUUGAAAUGGAGGGAGACUGUGAAAUAAUUAUGGAAAGCAAACAAAAUCCAGUCUCUGUCCCACCAUAGAUUGGAAUGACUGUCAAGCUUCAAACCCUAGGGUUGUUUUAUACCAUGAACUUUCUCAUUCUCUAUUCAGUGGGACUUAAUACAGCUAUUUAUAUUUUAAAUUAUUAAGUUAUUGGAAAGGGAAAAUGAUUCUUCGUUCUUAGGCUCUAUCUAGCAAAACUAGCUCUGAAAUUUUGAUAUUUGAACUAUGCUUUUACUCUGUCAAAUUAGUGAUUUGUUUUUAAAAUGACCUUUAAAAAAGUUAAGGACAUUCUAGAACCCAAAUUGACACUAAGGAAGAGUUAAAGAUUAUCAAGCUUGUCUUUUCUGUUAGUAAAAAUGGGUAAAUUGCUGAUUAAGGCCAAUUGGAACUGAUAUUCUUAUAGCCUCAGUUUAAUAUGAGGAUUUUUCCUGCUAGAUUUUCUCAUGUUAUGCUUUUCAUAUUUAUAUAGCUAACCAUUAAUUUCACACUAAGGAUGGUUCACUGAGUGUGUAAUAAAAGGAGCAAGAUGGAA